AUUAAAAGCGAGUUAUAUAUAUAAACAUAUAUAUAUAUCAGUCUAUGGUGGUUCUUUCCCCUUCAAUCACUAUUGGGAAUAUCAUGAGAGUACCAUCGGUCUUGAAAUGUAACCCAGGGUUGCUCGAUUGUCUCUUGUCGCCGGGUAAGAAUAGUUGGAAACAACGAUGAAACAUAAGGCAUAGGACGAGUACUGCUUUAUAUUUUCUUUCGUGGCAAUAUACUCUAUUAUUGUAUACCACUAUACAUAUGUUAUCUGCUUCCAAAGUCAGAUGAGUUGGAAACAACGAGGAGCGCUAUGUACUGCGCGAUGCGAGUUCUUCUCUGUUUAUUUUUGGUACAUACACAUGUUUUAUUUUGAAUCCAAGGUAUGCAUAGGCUUGGCUACAGCCAAUGCUUCCAACCACUACCCAGACAAGGCUGUGCCGAUGAUGGGGAGCCUUUUUAUUGGAAUUAUGCCACGGGACAUGUCCUGCGAAUUGUGACUGGGCAGCAUUUCCCGAAAUACGCGCCCAAACGCCUCAACCCUCCAUCAGCUCCCCAUUAGUGUCGCAGCCUUGCCUGAGUGGUGGCUGGAAGCGUUUUCGUUCGCCUUCAGUCACUUGCAUACUUAUUUAUUUCGUCAACAUUAUUUCCUAUGAAGCCGCUGAUCUAGACUUCUAUAUAAAUCUCGUUGGAAAGCUUACCCGCUGUCGUUCCUGCUGGCCACGGCGGGUGGCUGUCAAAGUAUAGGAAAUGGCCGACGAUAGUGAAAGGCCCAUUCGAGCCCUUAGCCUCGAUGGAGGCGGGGUGAGAGGGCUAUCAGCUAUCCUCAUUCUAGAUCAUAUCAUGCGAAAUAUCAAUACCCAGCGGAAAGCCGAUGGAAAGGACCCGCAGGAACCAUGGGAGUACUUCGAUUUGAUGGGAGGCACAAGUACUGGCGGUAUUAUUGCGAUCAUGCUCGGAAGACUGCGAAUGACUAUCCCGGAAUGCAUCAAAGCUUACACGGAGCUUUCGAAAGCCAUUUUCACACCGAGACAUUCCCGUGCGAGUCCUGUUAGAGGAGUGGAAUACCUGAACGGUGACGGGAAGUUUGAUUCGCUAGUCCUAGAGAGAGAAAUAAAAAACCAGAUCCGGAAAUCAAAAGUUGCGAAAAACGAUGACCAGAUCUUACUCCAAGAUCCAGAAUCGCCCUGCAAAGUUUGCGUAUUUGCACUUCGCGAGAGCAAUAGUAAGCUUGCCAUCCUUAGAACCUACGAUUACCUUCACGCAAGUCAAACGCUCUUCGACGAAUGCAAAGUGUGGGAGGCGUGCAGAGCAACCUCAGCAGCGCCAACCUUCUUUGACCCGGUACAGAUUGGGCCGUACAAACAGAGCUUCAUCGACGGGGGAUUAGGGUACAACAAUCCGAUUUUCAAGGUCUACGAUGAGGCUCAAAAUAUCUGGCCGGAUCGAACGGUCGUUGCUACGAGCAUUGGAACCGGUGAAGUUCCAGGCACCGCUUUUGGUGGCAACUUGAAAAAGAUUGCAGAGAGCAUCACGAAAAUCGUGACAGGGUGCGACGUUGUUGCUGACGAUUUUUACAAUGCAAACAAAGUUAUGGUUGCUGAAGAACGAUAUUGUCGAUUAAGCGUCACGCACGGAUUAGGCAAUAUUGGACUGGAGGAGCACAAGCAUAUCGGAGAGAUCGUUGACCAAACACAAGAGUAUUUGAGUAGAGGGGAACCUCAGGCAAAGCUUAAACAGUGUAUUAAAGCUUUGCUGCAAGAACGCGUUAAUAAUGAUGCUCGGAUAUCGUCAGGGCAGAAUGAUUUCCGAAAUGAUGAAUGCCUGGAAUCGCUCCAAUUCAAAGAGAUGAACUUUCGAAAGGAGAAUAUUGUCAACGUUGAUGACAAUACCUGCGGCUGGUUGCUAGAAAAUGAGAACUACGCCUGUUGGAUUCAAAACACCGAUGGUCUCCUAUGGAUCCAAGGAAAAGCAGGGGCGGGCAAGUCCACCCUGAUGAAAUACAUUUAUGAAAAAAUCCAGAUGCCUACGGUGAGCACGUCUAGUCUUAAAUUGAGCUUCUUCUUUCACGCACGCGGAACCGAGUUACAGAAGACUCCGUUGGGAAUGUUUAAGUCACUCUUGCUCCAGCUAUACAAAGGUGAUUCGACGGCUCGCACGGGGAUUAUCAAAGAGUUCAACAAGAACAGUGAGGAUGGCAUGGUCAAUGUAAAGUGGGAAUGGACCGAGAAAAUGCUCGAAGAGUUAUUCUCCAGCCUCAUCUGUCAAAUUUCACAGUCGAAGAAGGUUAUCAUUUUCAUAGACGCCCUAGAUGAAGCCGGGGAGGUGAUCGCAAACGACCUAGCGACUUAUCUCGCCAGCCUUUAUGAGAAAGUGCAACACAACAAUGGCAUCGUUAAGAUAUGUUUCUCGAGUCGCCAUUACCCGAUCGUGUCUACGAGAGUUGCGGAAAAUCAAAAAGUUAUCGUUGAACACGAAAAUGGGCGAGGUAUACGAUUGUUCAUCCAAAGGGAAUUUGAACAGAAUUUACAAGACGAUGGGCCGAUCAAGUCUAAGGCGAUGAGCCUUAAAUUAGAAGACGACAUUGCUGCAAAAGCAAAUGGAGUCUUCCAAUGGGUGUGCCUCGUGUUGCCAAUCAUAUUUAAAGCGGAUCGGGAGGCAGAACCUUUAGGUUCGAUCCAAAAUAUACUUUAUGAUCUGCCUAAAGAUCUCAAUGAUAUGUAUCGGUAUAUUCUCCAGGCUCUAAUCAGCCAAAAGCAAAAGACGGGAGCACUGAAGCUAUUUCGAUGGGUAUGCUUUGCAGCGAGACCGCUAUCACUAGAGGAGAUACGGCAUGCCAUGGCCGUUGUUGACAGCCUACCUCCACUUCAGCUAUAUCAUCUCAAAGACUCCAGCGAAUACGUGGAGUAUAGAAUGGAAACGCGGAUUACAGCCUUAUCUGGUGGCCUGAUAGAAGUCAGAGAACACGAUUCAGGCACAGUAGUUCAAGUCAAUCAUCAAACAGUUCGAGACUUUUUACUAGAGGAGGGAUUCGAAAUUCUCACAGGUUUAAAAACCCCCUCGGAUACGGAGAAGAAAAAAUUCGAAGGUUCAUGCCACGACAUACUUGCUAGAUCAUGCGUAAACUAUCUUUGGACAAAAGACGUCCAUCAACAUUCAACAACUACAAUCAUCAAAAAAUCUUCGAGCAAACGCACCUGGAUUCAGUUACCUGCUUUAGAAACCCUCCCGCUACUACAGUACGCAAUCGCCGCAUACUUUUGGCAUGCCUCAAAGGCUGAGCAGAAUGGCCACUACCAGGAAACACUUCUUGAUCAAUUUGACUACAAGCAUACCUAUAGAUUUCCCAAACGGGAUAUCGUAGAACAAGGUUUGUUUAGCCUGUGGUGCUCAGCAGGCAAGAUAUUCUGCCCAAGAGAUUAUUUGGGUGUGCUUCCUUCAGAAAGCUCUACGCUACUGCACAUUGCAUCUAUGGCGAAUAUUCCGACCGCUGUGAGAAGUCUCCUUAAGAAAAAGGUGAAGGUAUCUGAGAAGGACAACCUGGGACAACAAGCGAUACAUUACGCGGCUCGUGGAGGUGCGACAGAAGCGGCUGGGAUAUUGAUUAAGUUUUCAAGCUCUGUGAUCAAUGCGAAGGACAACAACGCUUUAACACCAUUGCAAAUAGCAUCCCGUCAUUAUAAAGCCGACGUUUUGCGUCUACUCAUAUCGAAAGGAGCGACGAUAAAGUGCUUUGAUAAGCAGAAUUCAACGAAGUUGGGAAAGGUUCGUGGAAAUGUGGAGAAGACUGUUAGUCUUCUACUUGAGGACGGAGCAAAAUUCAACGCUCAAUCACUACAAAGCGCAGCCGCGGAUGGCAACCUCGAAGCAGUCCGAUUGCUACUAGCUGAGGGCACCGAUGUUAAUGGUCUAUCUGGGGAGUACGGAUAUGCGCUAGUAGCCGCAGCUCAUAACGGCCACGAGGCUAUGGCCUUGGGACUGUUAAAGAAUGGCGCUGAAGUCAAUGCUCAUGGUGGAAUAUAUGGCUGUGCACUAGUAGCCGCUGCUGAAAGUGGGGAUGAGAAAAUGGUCUACAUAUUAUUGCAGGCGGGCGCAGAGGUUAACGCCAAAGGUGGUAAAUAUGCCGGCGCCUUAGAAGCGGCAGCCGCGAUGGGCCAUGCGAACAUGGUCAAGAUAUUGUUAAAGAGAGGCGCCAAUGUCAACACCCAGAAGGGAAAAUAUGGCGGCGCGCUAGCAUCGGCUGCCUGUGCUGGCCACGCAGAAGUGGUUGAGAUACUGGUAGAAGGUGGCGCCAAUAUCAACGCCCAGAUAGGAACAUAUGACAAUGCGUUGACGGCCGCUGUGAGCUGUGGUCAUGAGGCGGUUGUUAAAAUAUUGUUAGAGAGAGGCGCCAAACCCGACGCCCUAAGUGGAGGGAAAACAAACCCCUUGGCAGUAGCAGCAAUGGGAAAUCAGUUCGAUAUCGCUCAAGCCCUACUCAAUGCUAAGGCUAAAUGUAAGCCGUUCUUAGCGGAGGUAAAGUUUUUUGGCAAAUAUGACCUACAAAGAUCAUUAGAAUUGGUGUUACUACUAGCAUCAUUAGUGGGACGGCUCGAUAUCGUGGACGGAAUCAUUGCAUUUAAUGAACGAAAUGAUCACCCGCAGAGUGACUUGACAGCUAUGAACUAUUGGCUACUUAAGUAUGGACGACUGAAUGCAAAUGCUUACUCGAAAAUAUUACAGUAUAAUGGCUAUACAGCGUUACAACUUUCGGCCGCUGGUGGUCACCCCGAGGUAGCGGCUAGGUUGAUCACUGCUGGGUCAGACGUGGAUGACUUCUCUGAUUUUCCCAGAGGACAUUCGGCGCUUCAAGUAGCUGCAAAACAUGGCCACCUCGAGGUUGUCAAAAUCCUACUUACUGCUGGGGCAAACGUACGCAACAUCCCCACUUUUUACGGCCAGGGUCUUUCGGCGCUCCAAUUAGCAGCAAAACAUGGCCACCUCGAGAUUGUCAAAACCCUACUUAUUGCCGGGGCAAACGUGGAAGCUGCUCUUGCUAAGCAUAGCGAAACAGCGCUUCAAACAGCUGUACGACGUGGUCACCUUAAGAUUGUAGCGUUGCUACUUGCUUCCAAGGCCAACCCGAACGCGACUCCUCAUGGGGAUCAAGGCCCCACGGCACUUGAAAUAGCUGCUGAGAAGGGCAAUCUUGAAGCGGUGGAUAUGUUGCUUAAAGCUGGGGCAGACGUGGAUGCUCCUGGUUCGACUUACGGUCCCGGAGCAGCACUUCAUGAAGCUGCGUGCCAUGGUCACACUGAUGUUAUAGCAAGGUUGAUUGCUGGUGGAGCAGACGUAAAUCUUCGGGCUCCCGAUGGAUACAGAGCGAUUUAUAGGCUAGGCGCAUGGGAUAUGGAUACACUUGGGUGGUCGAGCUACCGCGACAAGCAGGAGCGAAAUAAGUCCCUAGACCCUAGUAUGACUUGAGAAUAUUCUCCUAGAUCAGUUUUCUGGUUUCUAACACACGGGGUAAUGCGUGAUGGAUGAUAAGAUAUAUUACGCAUGGAGAUCCCAGGGGACAGAGCAAGGAAAGCGCGCAGCAUUGGAAAGGGCAGGGAAAGUGAAUAGCAUAGGAAAGAAGAAGGAAUGAACAUGACAUAGGAUAAAGUGAGAAGACCGCAGCACAGAGACGGAGCGCGGCACAGAAAACGGCCAUGAAAGGGCAAUAUGAAAUGGCCGUAGUCGGCAACAAAAGGGGGGGUCGGAAGUUAAAAAGGG